UUUUUUUUUGAAUUCUAUUUUUAAAAUUUGUAUGCAUCAAAGACGGAACAAAGGGGCCUCUGAUUCGUUGCUCUCCCUCGUUCCGUGUUUAUCGUAUUUGCGCAAGGCAAGAUUACUGCGAGUUUCUCCCAGUGAAAUUUUCCAGAGGAAGGAGGAGGAAGCAACGCGAAAAUGGGAAGCGCACCAGCGCAGAUUCCAACGAGCUUCGGCCACGAACUGAGGGCUUGCCUUCGCUGCAGGCUCGUCAAAACCUACGAUCAAUUCAGAGAGUCAGGUUGUGAGAAUUGCCCUUUCUUUAAGAUGGAGCAUGACAAUGAGCGCGUCGUGGAUUGCACUACUCCUAAUUUCACAGGGUUAAUUUCACUCAUGGAUCCAACCAAAAGUUGGGCUGCCCGAUGGUUGCGAAUUGCAAGAUUUGUCCCUGGUUGUUAUACCCUUGCAGUUUCAGAGGCACUACCAGAGGAGAUGCAGAACAUAUGUGAGGAGGAGCGAGUGCAGUAUGUGCCACCAAAGCGCGCAUGAGCUCUGCUUAUGUGCUUCUCAUGGGAGGAAGGGAACCUUCAAUUGAAUGUCCUGGCCGCCAUACUUAACCUGAAGUAUUCCUCUCUGGAGACUAAUGCCAUUUUUGUAUAUCUAUCAUUUUGAGUAUGGACCAAUGUUAUUUUUUAAAUUCAAAACUUGCCAUAGUGUUGUCCCU